AUGAAAAAAAUUAAAAAUAAACAAUUAAGUGGAAAUUGUAAGGGUCUAAGUGAGAUUGUGCAAGAUGGAAUGGCCUAUCCUCCAUUGUUCUGUUCUCACAACACAUGGACUAAAUCUGUUCCUAUUUGUGUAAUUUAUUUAUUAUUAUUAAUAAUGUAAACAGAACAAUAAUUUAAGAGUACAUUAAUAACUUUAAAUCACAGCACAGAAUUCAUCAAAUAAAACCGUCUAUGUCAAUCGGACGAAACUAUAGACUAGAACUUGAAAAUCGCUUACGUACAAUUAAUAAAUCUCGGGAAAAUACCUUAAGUAUAAAAAUAUUGGAUGAACAUAGUCAUUUAAUAAAAUCACCUGCUAUUCUUAGUAGAAAAAAAUGUAAACCUAAAACUAAAUCAAACGUGAACCUUAGAAACAAUAAGUCUUCUGGUGUUGUACAUUUGGCGGUGAAGAAUUUUUUAAAAUUUCAAAAUUUGUACCUAUUAUUAAUCUAUUUUUGAUUAUUUUUUAUUUUUAGGAUUUGUUGUCAGGAAAGUAUUAUAAAGAUAAAACAGAGAUGAUGGAACAAAAACAUGUAUCAAUGAAAAUAAAAAAAGAAAAAUCUAUUGAAAAACCCCAGUUACUAUCAAGGUAAUUCUAUCAAAAUUUCUCAAAAAUAUCUACAUUUACUCUAACAAUUCCCUUUACUCUUUAGUUAUAAUUCAUUUUUACAAACGUGUACUGAAUUGAAUCCAGAUGAUCAAUUAACUAUACUAAAAGAUAUACGAAGUCAAAAAAAUCCAAAUGAAGUUAUGAAUAAAAAAGACAAUGAAAUAAUUAAUUAUUAUUUAAACGAAGUAAGGUUAUAUUUAUUAAUUUAGAUUAAUAAAAAAAAAAUUGCAUACUAAAACUAGUAUAUAUUAAUAACUAGGGACAUAUUUAACUAAGUUCGUAUAUUUUUUUCUUACUAUUCAUUUUUAAAAAAAAGUGCUCUAUUUUACUAAAAUUCAAUAGUAUCACAACAUCAAUAGGUCACAAAAUACUUCAAAUUUAAAUUAAAUAAAUAUCAAAUAUAUCCUUAGAUAAUCGUAAUAAAUACACUUCAAAAUAAUAUACAAAAUAAUAAUAAUAAUGAUAUAAUGGCAAAUAUACAAAUUAUUUAACACGUUAUAAUAUAAUACUAAUAGUAUUAAUAGUACAGUAGUUUUUUUUAUAACUAAUGACACACGUAAAUUAUCUUAAUACCUAAUUAAAUAAUACGAUACUUAUUUAGUGUUAAUAUGCAUAUUAUACUAAACAUAUAGGUAAUAAUCGUACCUAUAUUUAUUUACUGGGUGGUUCUCAGUAUUUGGGUUAAGUUAGUGCAGUGUUUAAGCCUCUAUUGAUUGGAUAUGAUAAAGAUUAGCUAAAAUAUAAAUAGCCUUGGUAAUAAUCAAUAAUUGAUUUUAUUCACUAACAUAUUAUAGUACCUACUAGUAAUAAUUACUACAGUCUACAGUUAAUAAUAUACGAAAAUACAAUAUAGUACCUAUAGUGCUAUAAUAUUUUAGCAUAUAAGCUUACCAGGGCUUGGAACCAAAAUUAAAAAUACCGGUAUUUUAACCAGAAUCUUUUGAAAAUAUUGAAACCGGAACCAAACCAAGACAUUUUUGAUUUUCUUAGGAACCUAAACUGGAAACUUAAUCGAUAUUUGUUGGAAGAGAAUUUUUCGGUUCCAAUUUUAUUUAACUAUUUUAGAUAUUUAUUUAAAACAUAAUAAUAUUCAAAUAAUUUGAAUGGUUUUGUAAAUGUAUACAUACGUGUAUUCAUAAUUGUAUAGUUCUCUAAUCUAACAGUUCCAGGAAACGAAAUGAUAUGAACAGUUACCAAAAAAAAAAAAAUUUAAAAAACUGAUACUUGGGAUGGGUUCGGCCACUGUUGUAGGUGGGUAAUUUGGAAGGUGAAUGUAUAACUUUUUUUAAAUUACAACUGUGACCAACUAUAAACUAUUGCUAAUAAAAAACGAUUCUGAGCAAAUUUCAGUUAUAGAUAUUUUGAAAGGCCGUUAUAUUUACAAUUUUCGUCAAAAUUUAAUUUUAAAGCCCUUAUAUAAAAAAAAAAAAAAACUAUUACAUUCAAUUUUUAUUUUUAACCAUUAAGGAUGUUCAAUAAUAAACCACUUGUUAAAUUUUCAAGCAUUUCUGUUUGGUAUUCUAAUUUUAUCCACAGGGAAAAAAUUAUACCACUAAAUGAUAUUUACUAGUAUUAUAACCGAAACAUAAAUUCAGUAAUUUUAAGGAUCGGAAGCAAAAACAGUACACAUUUUUUUUUAAGGACCAAAUUGGAACUGAAACUGAAAAAAUCACAAAAGUGUCAAGUCCUGGAUUACAACAGUCAACAGCAUUAUUAUUUUAUUUCAUACUUGUCUAUCUAUUUUAUGCACUUAUUUUUUUGCCAUUUAUGGUUUAAUUAAUUACAUUUUUCAUGCAUAAAAUAUAUAUUAUACUUUAUAUUUUAGGGCAUAUCUAAUGAGAUGUACAACUUAUUUCCAGAAGAAGUGUUGAAAAGCAUUAAACAAAACCAUAUUAAACCAGUUCUAUUAAAAAAGUAUGUCAACUAUAAUAAAUAGUUUAUAGGUAUAGGUACUAACAACAUUGAAGAAAUAAUAAUUGUAUUUAUUAUUUAUGAAAUAAUUUAAUUUAAGAAACAAUUUUUUCUAUCUAAUUUCAAUGUAUACAAAUUUGAAAAUAUUUUAAUUGGUUCAAAGUUAUGAAGGUAUUGAAAUAUGUUGUCUAUAAGUGUUUUGUUGUGUACAAAUGUAUGUACUUUUGAUUAGUAAAUUUGUAAGGAAAAUCAAAAAUAAAUUUUGAAGUUCUUUAACUAAAUUAGAACUACUUGAAAAUCGUUUUAAAAUAUUAAAUUUGUUUACUUUGUUUAAGUUUUAAUUGAUAUUUGGAAACUUAGUUUUUAUAAAUUAAAAUAUACUACUUUGAUACAGUUCAUUUAUUUAAUUAGACAUCAUUUCAUUAUGGUGAAAUUGGAAAGUGAAGUACGACAAAAUUAUGAUAUUGCCAAUCAUAAAAUACUAUUAGAUUAUAUAUUGAUGGAUCCAGAUGAACUAAAAAGAAUUGGAGUAUUAAAUUACCAUACACCAAAUUAUUCCUCGAUGGCUAUUCGAGGUCCUGUCUUAUGGCAUCAAAUAACUAUUAUUCAAAAAGAACAACUUAGACAUAAUUUAUAUAUCUGUAGAGAAUCUAUUUUGAUGUUAAAUAAAAUAUGGAAAAAGUAAGAAAAUUGGACUUAUAAAUUUCAAAAUGAAUCAUUUACAAUAAUAUUAGAUAUUAUAUUUGUUAAUAAUUUUUGAAAUUGUUAUUUUUAAAGAUAUUCCAAAGAUUUCAUAUUUCCAAUAAAAGAUUUAAAAAAAGUCGGUAUGCCUAUAGACCCAACAUCUUUAAAAGAUAUUCUGGAAAAGUCUUGUGAACAAUUUCGACAUAAACUAGUAAAAGAGUACGGAAUUUAACCAAGUUUCAAAAAUAUUUAUUAAUUAUUUAAUAACAAUAUAAUACAAAAAUACUAAAAACUAUUGAUGCAUCUACAUUUUUGAUUUGUCAAUGUCCUUAGUCUAUUUAUUUCUUUUUGAAAGAGAUUUAAGCUUUUACUAAAAACAACUUAUACCUACUUCCUAGGGUGUAAGUAUAUAGAAGUUUCUAGUUUGAACAAUAAUUAAUUUUAAAUUAUGAGAGGAGUGAGAAAUUUAUUGGUUUUACAGUGAUGUUUAUUUUUAUUUAAGUAUAGCACUUUUUCUGAAAUAAAAUUUUACUGGGUUAGUACUAUAAAAAGUUAGUUUUUUGAUUUUCCUAAGGGUUUUCAUAGUAAAUGAGAUAAACCGGGAAAAAACGUGGGAAAAAGGGAAAAUGUACGAAAUAUAUUAUCCUCAAAUCGUAAAUAUUACGAUUCCCAACUUCUUACAAUAACAGUGGCCCACUUAUCGUGCAUAAUAAUUUAUUGUAUCUUAGAAUGUAUCUACAAAUGCUAUUACUUAAAAUGAAUAAAAAAAACAUUAGUAACUUACUGUGUAUAAUUUUUUAUCAAUAAAAUAGAUGGAUUGAAGAAUGCGCUGAUUUAUUUGUGGAAACAAAAACCAGCUAUAGAGAUAUUUUAUCAACAUGUGCCAUAAAAACAUCAAAAUAUCAAAUCCAAAAGUUUUUUGACUGUGUCGCUGCUACUAUGUCCAGACAAUUAAGGCAAAUUGUAUUCAAAUCUUUGAAACAUUUUAUGGAUAAAAUACUUGAAUAUAAGGUAAAGUUAUAUUAUUAACAAAUCUGUAAGAAUAAAUACAAUCCUAAAUCUAGAAUUGUAAAUCACAUAGAAUUUUGAAGAGGUUUUCCUAAAUAUUUGAUUGAGUAUGUAACAGUUGUUUACCAAUUUUUUUUUUUUACAUUGAAUAUCAAUGACCGAAAGGUAGCUGCAAGUUUCUUCAUUUCAUCCCCUCUUUUCCCCAGACAAUAUCUUUUAUUGGGUCAAUUCAAUACACGAAUUACGGCCUGGUUUUGGAGCAAUCCCUUUCCGAAUUCUUCAACAAUUUUUACAUCGAAUUUGUGUACAACGAUAUACAUUUAACGGUUCAUUAGUUCUCAAUUAAUUACUUCUUUUCCAACUUUUUCCAUAUCACUCUAAUAAUAAAAUUGAUGAGGAAAUACCAGAACCCUUGACGAAGCUUUAGCUUCACCAUACUGUACACAUGUGUGUAGCGUCUAAGAGUUCCUCUUCAUCCCUUCUCUACGUGUACCAGGCAUCAUAUACAAAUACUAUGUGGUAUGCGUUGUUUAUUAUUGUUAUUAAUGACUUACCCCAGAUAUUUGAUAGUUCCAUAAAACUUCUAAUGUUUGCUGAUGAUGCUAAAUUGUAUUGUGUAGUUAAAUCAAACUCUGACUCAUUCAUUUAACAAAUUCUUUGCUUGGAGUGAGAUAAACUGUUUACCACUUAAUAUCAAUAAAUUUCGGGUUAUUUCAUUUAGUUUUAAUAAAAAAAAUUGUCCACUUUUAUUAUACAUUGUAUAAUACUAAUUUAACUAGGGUUAAAACAAGUUAGGAUUUGCGUAUUCACUUUGAAUCUGGCUUAUCUUUCAAACUUAACCAUAAAUUAGUUUUAAACAAAGAUUAUAAAAUUUUUGGUUUUAUUAACAGAAAAACCCAAACUUAAAAUACUAAAAAUACCAAACUAAAAAUCAAAACAAUGAGACCUCUAAAUACUGGACACUCUCGGUCUUUGAAAUUUUGUCCGCAAUUCAGAGGAAGAAAGUGUCCUUUAUUUAGUGUCUCGUAUUUAUAUUUAGAGGCUUUCAUGUAGGUAAGUAGUGAAAAUAUCCUCAGUCCCAAAAAAACGUUUGCUAUUCAUUAGCUGUCCAUUAAGAACUAAUUGUCCGGUGUAAUAUAGUUUUAAUAUAAUCAUGUAAUUAUUAUAUUAUAUUAUUUAUGAUUUUGUCUUUAUAAAUUUAACAAUUAUUCAUAUCACCCCCUAAAAAAAGGUCCUAGUUAUGCCACCGUUCCUAAAAAUAUGUCUAAAUUAUAUCAAUUUUGGUAAACAUCUCAAAAUAUAGAUUCUGCACCUAUCGUUCAAAAAUUGUUCCAAUACUAUUGAUCUAGUGUUUAUAUUUAAAUUGAAAUAAAAUUAUUAUGAAAUAUAAAAUAUAUAUUUAUUUUUAUAUUUUUUAAAAUUAAACAUUUUUUUUUUAAAUAUUUAGAAUGGAAAUGCAAUAUAUACUGAAUAUAAGGAUAACAUGUUUAUAUGUUUACCAUUUUUUAUACUAAAGGCAGUACCUAAACCAAAUUCUACUGAAAUAUCAUUUGAGCCCACUCCUGAAGAUUGUUUAAAUCUUCUAUUAUCAAUUCCACGAAGGAUAAUUAAAACAGUAGAAAAUAUUCCAAGAAUAGAACAAUUAUUAAUUAAAGGUAAUAUAAUACAAAUACUACAUAUUGUUGAAAUCAGUAGUAUUAUUUAAAUCUACAAAAAUAUAUUUAAUCCAUAUUAAAAUUUUAAGAAUUCAAAGGCGAUUCUACAAUGGUAUUAAAAAAUGUAGAUGAUACAGAAGAUGAUGUACAAAAUAUGUUGAUUGAAAUUGGUAAAAUCUUAGAAAAUAAUUUUCCAGGACCAAAAACAUACAUUACAUACUAUGAAACAUAUUCUUAUUUGUCAAAUGGAUCAGAAACUGAAGCUCUAAAUUCAUUUUUUAAAAAUGAUCCAUUCCCAUUGUUAAGUGUGUGUAUCAAAAUAAAAUAUGGAUAUCAUUUUUAAGUUGUUAAUAAUUAAUAAAAAUAUUUUAUUAGGAAUUUAACACUUGGAUAAUAAAAUACAUGCAUAUAAACAAUGAUAUUCUUAAGCUUAGACAUCGAGUGGAAUUAAAUUUAUUGUUGUUAGAUGUAACUGAAAUUAAUCAGAAUUUAAAAAAUAUUGUUGCAAAUUUAAAGAAUAAAAUUAUUGACUAUUUUAUGAAUUUAACUCAACAAACUAUUUAUGAGUAAAUAUAUUUGGUUGAUAAAUAUAUUAGAAAUAAUAAUUAUAAUAGUUAUACUAAGUACAAUUUAAUAAUUCCAUAAUAUAUUUUAGAGUUAAUAGUGCAUUUGAAUCAAUGUCUAUUAAGUCUUCAGAAAUGCCUGACACAACUGAAGAAUUAGUUGAAUUAAGUAAUUUCGUAAAUGAAUGCCGAGAUUCUACUUUAUCAAAACUAAAAGGUCAAUUGAGAACAGUUGGAGAUUACAUUAUGUUUUUAUAUGAAUAUACGGAAUUCAAUGGUUAGUAAAAUAUUAUUUUUUUUAAUGUUGGUCUGUUCUACCUGUUAUAAUAUACAUAUAUUCAAAAUUAACUUUUAUAGAUGCUGAUAUAAAUAUGUCAUCACGGGUAUUUCGAUGGCCUCAAGAGAUUUAUCAAGUUUUAGAUUCAGCUACAAGAAGAGUUAUUCAAAAAAAAGGAGUAGUUGAAGUCCAGUUGAAAUCUAAAAAAACUGAAUUUGAAUUUGAGUAUGUGAAUUGUUAUUUAUAUUUUCCCAAAUUAAAUAGCAUAAUCUUUUAGCCUCAAAAUCCAUUAUAAGUUGUUGGAAAAUUUAAAAAAAAAAGAUCCUCCUAUAUUAACAAACAAUGAAAUUUUAGCAGCAACUGAAGAAGUAGAACGUCUUAUUGAUUUCUUGGAAGAAGAUAUAGCUACUGCAAAGGUAACUAAAAUGUGUUAAAUAUCAAUAACAUUCAAUACAAAUUAAAAAUGUUUCCUAAUUAUAAAUAAAUUAAUAUUCCAUAUAAUUUUCAUAAUUAAAGUGUUUAAAUAAUAAUAUUGUUUUAACCAUUAAGUUGAAGAAUAUGUUUGGUAAUGUAAGUUUCUGCUAUAAAUCUAUAGUAUAAUAAAAUUAUUAAUUAUUAUUAUAAUAUACAAUUUAGAGCAUAAACCACACAGAACAACUUUUAGAUCUUGAAGUUUCACCAUAUACCCAACUUCACUCAACGGUUGCAGCUAGUGAACCAUUUAAUCGGUUGUGGCAUAUUGUUCAUGACUUUCAUAACUACUAUGAAAUAUGGUUCAAUGGUAUCUAAAUAUUGUAUACUAUACCUAUAUACUCGUACUAUAAAUAAUGCAGAUCAACUUAAUAAUUGUUAUAUUUAACAAAAUGUAAUGUAUUUAACUCUAGGGCCUUUUCAAAAUUUAAAUGCUAUAGAAAUAAAGGAUAUUGUUGAUGGUAUGUGGAAAAAUCUUUAUAAAUUAGCUAGGAAUCUUCAAGAUUAUCCUGGGUCAAAAAGAGUAGCAGAAAUUGUACGUGGUAAAGUUGAAAGUUUUAAAAAGUAUUUACCAGUAUUAGAAACUAUUUGUAAUCCCGGUAUUCAUGAUAGACAUUGGACAGAGGUAAUUCAUAUUUUAGUGUUGUAAAAUAUAAUUAAAAAGUUAUUCCAAUAAAAAAUAUUUAUGCACAUUAGAUUAGUAAAACGGUUGGUGUAGAUUUGCAGCCUAAUGAACAAUCAACAUUGUCUGACAUGAUUGAAAUUGGUUUACCUGAUUACAUUGAAAAACUUGAAGAAAUUAGCAUGACUGCAUCUAGAGAAUAUUCUCUAGAACAUAGUCUUCAAAAAAUGAAAGAAGAAUGGUUAACUAUUGAGUUUGAAUGCAGUCCAUACAGUGGUGUUAGUAUAUUAACGUCAUUAGAUGAUAUUCAAGUUAUGUUAGAUGAUCACAUACUCAAAGCUCAAACAAUGCAUGGAUCAAUUUAUAUAAAACCUUUUGAGGUGGAAAUGGAUGAAUGGGAAAGAAAAUUAAUUUCAAUGCAAGAAAUUUUAGACAUAUGGAUUUCUGUGAGUAAUAAAAUAAUUUCCUUAAAAUAUUUUAAACCAUUUAUUUGGAUUUUAUACAGAGUAAUGAAUGUAUACAUUCAUCAACUCUAUAGUAUAAUGUAUAGGAAAUCAAACAAUUGGCUGUAAGUGUAAUAAUUUCCAUAUUAUUUUAAAUGUAUAUAGUAUAUUAUUAUUUUUACUUUAAAAAUACUCUUAGGCUCUAAAAUAAAUUAUAUAUAGAGAUAAUCUAAUAAUAUAAUAUGAAAAUAAUUAAUUAUAGGUUCAAGGGGUUUGGAUGUACUUAGGUCCAAUUUUUAGCUCAGAAGACAUAAAUCGUCAAAUGCCGGAAGAAGCAAGAAAUUUUAGAACUGUAGAUGCUAUUUGGCGUCAUAUGAUGAUCCAUACUGUUAAUAAUCGUAAAGUUCUCGAUGCAACAAAUUAUCCGAAUAUGUUAAAAUUACUCAAAAAAUGUAGCGUUAUGUUUGAGCAGAUACAAAAAGGCUUGAAUGAGUACUUGGAGAAAAAACGUCUUUUCUUUCCGCGGUAUUUUUUAUUUUUAUGUGUUACCAUUGUUAGUUAUGCAGACUAGGGCAAAAUGGGUAGAUAUAUAUUUUAAAUAUAUUAUAUAAAGAUAGAUAAUAUUAAUUUAAAGUUUUGGAUACAUUUUCAAAUAUAAUAUUUCUCUUUUUCAUUUUAAAUAGGAAAAUAGGUGAUUAUUUAUUUUAUUUUUUUUAUACAGAACUUUUCUUCCAGAAAUUUCGCUCCUAUUUUCAAGUGUUCGGAAAGGAAAUUUUAUCUGGAUGUAUUUCAGAAGGUUAUUUGUUUGAUUUUUUAAGGGAUAAUAAAUAGAAAAAACGUGGUAAAAAUGGGAAAAUUUAUGAAAUGCAUUAUUUUCAAUUUUGUUUUUUUGUUGUGAUUCAGUUAAAAAUUUUUAGUAAGGACUUUAAAUGUGGACAGAACACUUUUAUUUGCCUUUUCUAAACGCCUUUAAACCAUUUUAUCAAUUUUUGAACUAUUUGUAGACUUUUAAAUUUUGGGAGUUUUUUACGUCAUUUUUAUUCGGUAGGUAUUUUAUGGAUAAAAUUGUUAGACUUAACAGAAAUGCUUGAAAAUUUGAUAAGAGGUUUUUUAAGAAUUUCAGUAUCAAAUUUUGACAAAAGUCAUUAAUACUACGGCUUUUUAAAACAUGUAAAACCGAACUUUGCUUUAAAUCGUUUUUCGUUAACAAUGUUUAAUCGUUAAAUACAUUUGUACAUUAAAUUCUCCUCUAUAUUUUACUUUCCCGUUUGUCCGUAUUUUUUAAUUUAAUCUUGUAUACGAUUACAUAUAUUAUAUUUUAGUUAUCAAUUAGUAUUUAAUAGGUAACUAAUUAUUUAUUUUAUUCAUGUAUUACUACUGUAUGUAGAACAUACAAAUUCUUUAGUUAAGAUGUUUUUGAUGUUCUGUUACUAACUGCUAAACACAUUUUGUAUUUUAUAUAUUUUAAGUAACCAUUUUGUAUUCCAAAAAUAUUUUCAAAAUAUAAAAUAUAAAUUUUGCAUAGGUAGGUACAUUUUAAUGAGAAUGUAACACAUUAAUGUUUACAUAAACACUUUAAAAUGAUUAUGUAACCAUUUUGCUCAACCCUGAUUAUAUGACUGUUAAAUAAUAAUAUUUACGAAUGAGUACAUAAUAUUAUCAAGUGCAAAGAAUUGUUUUACUAAUUCAUUUAACGUCAUUAUAAACGGUUAUAUCACGUUAUAUUGUUUAUUAAAUUAUAUAAUAAUAUGUAUUAGGUAUUUAAAAUAUUAUGCUAAACAUCUUACAUUAAUUAUAGAUUUUUCUUUUUAUCUAACGAUGAGCUUUUGGAAAUUCUAUCCGAAACGAAAGAUCCACUGCGUGUGCAACCACACCUUAAGAAAUGUUUUGAAGGUAUUGCUAAAUUAAAUUUUACAAAAAGUAUAGAAAUAGUGGGAAUGAUAUCUGCUGAUGGUGAAGUAGUUGCCUUUAAUGGAAUAAUUUAUCCUGCCGAUGCUAAAGUAUGCAUUCAUUUUAAACCUAAAGUAAACGUAUUCAUAUUUUUUUUUUUUCUUAGGGUUUAGUUGAAAAAUGGUUAAUUCAGGUGGAAACUUUAAUGAUCCAAUCAAUAAGUGAAAUUAUUAACACUGCAGGAAAGGCGUACAUUUACUCUCCAAGAGUUGAAUGGGUACGUAAAUGGCCAGGAAUGGUAGUUUUAUGUGCUGCUUCUAUAAAUUGGACUACAGAAGUAGAAAUAUCUAUUGAACAAAAUGGACUUUCUGUAAGAAAAAUUUUAAAAGUACUUAAACAAGUAAACAGUUUAUUAUUGUACAUUUUAUUUUUGUUGUUUUGUAGGCUUAUUUAAACAAAAGUAAUAAACAAAUAGACGAUUUAGUAAUUUUAGUACGUGGACAAUUAAGUAAAGGGGAAAGAGCAACAGUAUGUGCUUUGAUAGUUAUAGAUGUUCACGGUAAUUAAUAUAACAGAUAUUGUAAAAGUAAUUUUUUAUUAUAAAUUAGAAUAAUAUACCACAUACCUAUUUAAUAUAUUUUAAGCCCGCGAUGUUGUUAAAACUCUUAAUAGUUUGAAAGUAAACAGUAUCCAUGAUUUCAAUUGGUUUAGCCAACUUAGGUACUAUAAUAAUGACUUGAAAACAACUGUAUCAAUGGUAACUACUACUCUUGAUUAUGGGAAUGAGUACUUAGGUAAUACGCCAAGAUUGGUAAUUACUCCAUUAACAGAUCGUUGUUACAGGUAAAAUAAUAAGUAUUUAAUUACAAAUAUUCAAUAUUUACAUCUUUGUUUAUAAUUAUUAAAUAGAACACUGAUGGGAGCAUUAAAAUUAUAUCUUGGCGGAGCUCCAGAAGGACCAGCUGGUACGGGUAAAACUGAAACUACAAAAGAUUUAGCUAAAGCAAUAGCUAAACAAUGCAUUGUAUUUAAUUGUUCUGAAGGACUUGACUUUAAAGCUAUGGGCAAAUUUUUCAUGGUUUGUAUAACAAUAACUUGCUUAGAUUUAAAAUUAUUGUUUCAUUAUAACAUUUGGAAAAAGUGCCCAACUAAUCAAUACCUAAUACAAAAUUAUACUCAAAUAAUUUUAAUAUUUAUUUAAUCAUCUCAGUACCUAUAUAGGUAAUACCAUAAUAAAAUAUAAUAUAAUAUUUGUAUUAUAUAUUAUAUUUCUUAGAGUCAAUAUCGGAAACUAAUAUGCUGCACAUUGCAUUGUUAAGCAUAACAAUUCGGAGUUUUUUCGUUUAAAAAUCUGAUAUGAGCCAUCCCCUAGACCAGCAGUUUUCAACCUCUUCAUAUCCGCGUACCACUUACAUAUUUUAAGAGUUUUUAUUUACUUCUCAAAAAAAAAAAAAUAUGUAGGCCAUUUUACAUGUAUGGAACUUUUUAUUAUUAAAUCUACAUAAUUAUAAUCAUUUAAUAUACAAUAGUACAGUUAUUAUUUAUGAAUUACAUAGACAUUAAAACUAAUAACUUGUUUUGCUUACUUGUCAAACAAUUUCUUCUCGUAUCACCUACGAGCUUUAGAGCUUUACGAUUUUUAUAGAAUAUAGAUCUGGUCUCUAGUGCCAACCAUAAACGUAACUAGAAAUAUUUAUUGUUUUAUUAAUGGAGUUAUGAGUAUACAAUAUAUGAGUUGAAUUUUAAAAUCUUUGAAUCUAUUGACUCUAAAAUUCUAAUGAAAAAAAAUCUUCAUUCAUUUGAUUAUUUCAAAAGGAAAUUUGAUGAUCCAAAUAUUUGGCCCUUUUAUUUAUAUAUAUAUAUAUAAACAGAGUGUCCUAAAGUGUUAUAUGAACGUUACUUAACUCAUUAUUUUUUAAAUUGGGUUUUAGUUUUUAGAACAUUGUUGUAAAAACAAUUGAUUUUCAAUGAAAAUUAAGGAAUUACGGUGCUGAUUGUGAUUUCUGAUUCCUUACCGUGUAACGUGUUAUUCCAUUGAAAAUUAAUUGUUUUCACGCCAAUUUGCUAGAAAUUAAAAUGGCUAUUUUUAAAAUGUUGAAAAAUGAAAAAUAAAGUUAUUUCUUUUUGAUGAUUAAGGGACGAAAAAGAAAUUAUUAUUUUUUCUGACCACUGAUCCACUGACUCACUGACCCAAAACCCGAUUGAAAAAAUAAAAUAAAUAAAUAAAUAAUGAUAGAGUUAUAUAAUGCUCAUAUCUAACGGGCCCAAUGUAGGAGUAUUAGUAAUAGCAACUUGAUAUUAUAAAAAAUAUACAAGUUCAGAAAAUAUUCUAAUUCCAAAACAUUAAAUUCACACAAAUAUCACAAAUAAAUAAGUCUAAAAAAUAUAAUUUACAAAAAUAAAUACAAAUCUAAAAAAAUCAUAAAAUAGAAUGACGCGAAGUUGUUUGCAUUCGACCUUGAUGAACUCGUCUGAUUUGCCGAUGUUUCGGGCGGAUAUAUGCUCGGAGGGACCCUCGCAACCCGUUGUUCACAGUCACGGCUAUCUACAUUAUUUCGUUCGUGACAUUUUUUUAUACAUCCUGGAAUUAAUCUAGGCAUUAUUCAUCGAUUUUAUUACAGAAAAUUAUAUGUUUGCCUUACGACCGUUGUUUUAGGCCUAACCCUUGGUAUAUUUAUUGUAUUUCAGUAAUUUUCCAAAUAAAAGGGUACAAUCCCCAAGAAAUUUAGUUUGUUGCAUUUUUAUAUUAUUUCGUUUCUCCCCUAUUUUGGUUAAGGCAUUGUCGUUUUUUACUAACCGAAUUCAAUUCUUAGCUCCCAGUUUUGUGCGUGUUUUCUUAUGGAUUGGUCCCCUUUUUCGGAUAAUUCGGCGGGCCGGCAAUUACUACGGAUUCACGCACGUAUACCUAUAAAUGGCGCGUGAGCACGUAAUACAUAUAACACUGUAGAACAAUCUAUGUGUUAAUCUAUAGUAAUAACUAAUAAGUAAUAAACAAUUUAAAGUUCUAAAACAUAUAAUAUAUACAUUUUAUAUAAAUAAAAUAUCAGUUGUUAAAGACUUUUAAUUGUAAACGUUUUCAAGUUAUUUAUGUUAUUUUAAACAUUAUAGGGAGUUGCUCAAUCUGGAGCAUGGGCAUGUUUUGACGAGUUCAAUAGAAUUGAGCUUGAAGUAUUGUCGGUUAUUGCUCAGCAAGUAGCCACUAUACAAAUGGCGACAAAAGCUAAUUUAGAAAAAUUUGUUUUUGAAGGCACAGAGUUGACUUUAAACCCCACAUGUGCAGUUUUUAUAACAAUGAAUCCUGGGUUUAGUAUAAUUUAAUAAUUACUAACAUAACAUUUUAUUUAUUGGAUAUAUUUAACCAAUUUUAGAUACGCUGGACGACAAGAACUACCAGAUAACCUAAAAGUAUUAUUCCGUACAGUUGCUAUGAUGGUACCAGAUUAUGCUAUGAUCGCAGAAAUAUCAUUAUACUCAAUGGGUUUUAGUCAUGCUAGAAGGUGACUAUUUUUUUAUUAUUUCAUAUUUUUAAUCACAUAAUCCAAUAAAAUAAUAUUUCAGUUUAGCUGAAAAAAUAGUAGAUACAUAUAAGUUAUGUUCAGAACAAUUAUCAUCUCAAUCACAUUAUGAUUAUGGAAUGCGAGCAGUAAAAUCUGUAUUAAUAUCUAUUGAAAAUUUAAAAAUUAAAUAUCCCGAUAAUGAUGAAGCACAAAUUGUAUUAAGAGCUAUAUACGAUGUUAAUUUGCCGAAGUUUUUAUCAGAGGUUUUUUUCUAUGAACUAACUGAUUGAUAAGUUUUACAUAAUAUCAUUCAACUAUUUAUAUUAGGAUGUAUCACUUUUUAUUGGUAUAUAUGGAGAUUUGUUCCCUGGUGUUGAACUUUUAGUACCAGAAAGAGAAGAACUAAUUAAUAAAAUACAAAUUAACUUGACAAAAAAAAACUUACAAAGUACACCAUGGUUCAUAGAAAAAAUAAUACAAACAUACGAGAUGGUAUUAGUUAGACAUGGUCUUAUGAUUGUUGGUGAACCACUUUCUGGAAAAACGUGUGCAUAUCAGGUUUGUAGAUAUUAUAGUGUAAGUAAGUAACCAUCUGCCUGUUAAAUUAUGAUAUAAUAGUUACGCUAAUAGUACAUUUUUAGAACUUUUAAUUGUGAACUAUGAGGUUCUAAUGACUAUUAUUUUAUUAAAAUAUUUAUUAGUUUCUAUGUAUACAAGGUUGGAUUUUAAUAAUUUAUAUUUUAAAUUCUGAGUAGAGGAGCUUAUGGUUUUACAAAGAUGUUUAUUUUUUUUUUUUUUAUCUAUAGACAACUUUUCUACCAGAAAUCUUAUUCCGAUUUACAAUGAUACCACUUUUUCUGAAAGUAAAUCUGACUAGAAAGCUACUUUAAGGAGGUAAUUUUUUUAAUAAUUUUCCUAGGAUUUUUCCCAGCAAAUGUAAAAAAACAUAGGAUGACCAGGAAAAGAGGGAAAAUUGGUAAAAAUAUUAUUAAAGAAAAUAUAUAAUGCCUAUUUAAUAAUUUUACCAUAAUAUGACAUAUAUAUUGUUGACAAAGUAUCACUCAACCGAACUCCGCUCAGAAUCGUUUUUUUGUUAACAAUGGUUAAUUGUUGCUUACAGAUAUACAUUUAAUUCCCUUUUGUAUCCUACCUUCCUAACUUCUCACCUACAACAGUGGCUGCACCCGUUCCUAUUAUCCUAGGACAGUUUUUUUCAUAAUAAUUUUUACAGUUGUGCAUGUCUUAUAGUAGGUAUAUUUAUUAAUACUUUGUUGGAUAUUUGAAUAAAAAUGAUUAAUCUAAAAAUUUCAUUAAUCUCUAUUAUUAAUUAUAAUUUUAAUAAAAGUAUUUAAAUGAACUCAUCUUUGAACUUUUUAACUGUACAGUUUGAGAAGACUGCAAUAAAGAACUAAAAUUUAUCUUGAACUAUAACUUUGUAAGAAGUUAUAACUCACUUAUAAGUUGUAAUUUAUAAUCAUGAGACAAUGUAUACUAAUUUUCAAUUUUUUAUUGUACGAAUUGUAUGAAAAACUUAAAAAUUUAAUUUUAUAUUAUUUUUCCUAAUUAUUUAAUAAGCUAUUAGUAGGUAUUUUAUAUUUUAUAACGAAAAUAUUUAUUUGUUAAUAAUUUUUACUAUUAAUUUUAGAUAUUAGCAGAAUCUUUAGGCGAUGUACAACUUGAACUUAAAGCAGUAAUGGAAGAAUUUAAAACUACGUAUAAAAUUAUUAAUCCAAAAGCUAUUACUUUGGCACAACUUUAUGGAUCAUUUGAUAAAGUCUCACAUGAAUGGCAUGAUGGUAAAUUAAAAAUUUUUAUUUUUAUGUACAUAACAUUUGUUAUUAUUUUUCAUUUACAUUUUAGGAGUUUUAGCAAUUAUUUUCCGUGAGUUUGCAAAUAGCAUAUCAAAUGAUCGUAAAUGGAUUGUAUUUGAUGGACCAGUUGAUGCAGUAUGGAUAGAAAAUAUGAAUACAGUUUUGGAUGACAACAAAAAACUCUGCUUAAUGUCUGGUGAAAUUAUUCAGGUUUAAAUAAAUACCACAUUACUUUUUAGUUCUGAAUUGUAUAGUUUAUUGUGAUUAAUAAUUAUAUAUGAAUAUAUUAUUUUUAUUGUAUUAUAGAUGAAUAGUAAAAUGAAUAUGAUAUUUGAGCCAGCUAAUUUGGACCAAGCUUCACCUGCAACAGUAUCUCGUUGUGGCAUGCUAUAUCUUGAACCCAAGCAACUUGGGUGGCGUUCGUUUUGGCUUUCAUAUAAACAAAUUAUUUGGCCCAAACUCUCGCCUGAUCAACAAGUAAUGAUGGAUGAAAUGAUUGAAUGGUUGGUUCCUGCUACAUUUAAUUUUAUAUACAGGAAUUGUAGUUUAUUUUUAACUACAUCUGAAAAUCAUAUGUUUAAUGUAAGUAGUUUCGUUUUGAGUCAUAUAAAUUGAAUACCAAUAAUUUAUUAAGUUUCUAUAGUCUUUUACUAGAUUAAUUAAUUGUUUGAUUAAAAAUGAAACUGGAGUUGGAAUUGCAGCUAAAUGGUUAGGAUGUAUAACAAUUUUUUGUUUGAUUUGGAGUUUUGGUUCUACAAUAAAAGAUGAUAGCAGAAAUAAAUUUGACACAUUCCUGCGAAAAAUUAUUCUUGGACAAAAUGACCAACAUCCAAAACCUCAAACUUUUAUGUUGACCAAAAACCAUCUAUUUCCAGAUGGUGGUACAGUUUAUGACUUUGUAUAUGACAAGAAAAAUAAUGGCUCUUGGAUUCAAUGGUCAGAAAAAUUAGAUUUGAAAAGAAUUCCACCUGAUGCUAAAGUAAAUAUAUUAUAAUUUUUUAAUUAUUUUUCCUUAAUAAUAAAAUAAAUUCUAUUUAAUCAUUUUACACAGUCUUAAAAAUUUAUAGCUUUGUAUUUUUUUUUUUUGUUAAUCGUUAAUUAAAUAAUUAAAUAAUUAAAUAAUGCUAAAUUAUGAGAUUGAUGAUUCAUUUAUAUUAAGUCAAUUAAAUUUCAAAGUUAAUAGCUACCACACUCGUAACAAUCAUUUAUUUUAUAUUCCUCAUUCAUCUAAAAAGUUUACGUCAUAUGACCCCAUAAAUAUUUUAAUGUCUUCGGGAAAUAGUUAAUUAUUUUAUUAAACAUUGAAUGUAUUUUUAUUAUUAUAUUCAUUAUUAUUNAAUUAUAUAAAUUUAUAAUUUAUAUAAGUUAUAUUUUAUUGUUAUCUAUACAAAUAUAUUGUGAAUUGGACUUUUGUCCGUAUUAAUAAAUAAAUAAAUAAAAUAAAUAAAUAAAUAAAAAUAAAUUACCUAUAUAAGUUUUUAGCUUCUAUAAAUUAAUAAUAUAAAUAGUGUACUUUAAAAAUUAUUUAGUGAAAUAUUAAUGUUUUCUUUCCUUAUUUAUUUUAGAUUAUGAGCGGAACGAGAAAUAUAUUAGUUUUUCAAUGAUAAUUAUUUUUAUUAUUUUUUUAUGGACAGUUUUUUUCACCAGCCAUUCAAAUGUAGCACUAUAUCUGAAAGGAAAUUUGACUGGGGUGGUACUUAAUAGGUCAUAUUUUGAUUUUCCCAGCUAUUUUUGGAAAACCCGGAUAAAACAAAAAAAAACCAAGAAAAAACUGGAAAAUUUACAAAAUGUAUUACUUUACUUCCAAAUCGUAAAUAUUACUGGCCUUUUAAAAUAUAUAUAACUGAAGUCAGAACUCCACUCGGAAUCGUUUUUCAUUACCAAUAAUUAAUUGUUGGGUACAGAAAUACAUUAAAUUCCCCUUUAUAUCCUACUUUCCUAACCUAACUUAACCUACAAUAGUGGCCAACAACUUUAUUUUUUUGUUUUUCUAAUUAUUAUAUAUAUAUUUUACUAAUUAUUAUAUAUAAUGUCUAUAUCUUCGUUAAUUUUCUUCUCAUAGUGACGCUUCUCUCUUCUUAUAAACUUGCAAUUAUUGCUUCUAUGUACUUAAUUAUGUGUAGAAUUACCUGAUGAAUUCUGCAGGGCUAUCUUGCUUAGUUCAUUUCUUCUUUGCAUACGUUAUUGAACCAACUCUUCUUUUUCUCUUUCUUUUUUCUAUGUCCAAAUUUUUCGCUGGCACUAUUGAUCAGAGAUUUUAUAGAUGGUUCCAAGUGGAGUUAUAUAUUGUAUUACUACAACUUUUUUCGUAAAUUAUUUAGCAUUGUAAUGUAUAAUGUUAGAUUUAAAUACUACACAUUCAAUAUAAGUCACACUUAUAAUAGGUGUGCAAUUAUUUGAAAUUGUAUUUUACCUGAAGCUAAUUAAUUUUAUAUUUUGUAUAUUGCAAAAUAAAACUAUUCUUAUUAUUUCCCCUAUUUUUAUUAAUUGGCUUAGUUUGUAUAUUAAUAUGAAAUCUUUCAAAAAAUCUCUUAGAGCCUUAGGGUCAUCUAGCCUAUGAAUAUUGAAUUUUCUCUAGUUAUUUUCUUUACCAUAUUCCAUUUUGUAGACAAUCUGAGAUUAAAUUGUACCAAAAGUAGGAAAUGGUCAAAAUCAACGUUCGCACGUCUUUAUAAGUUCUCAUCUUUCUGAUACAACCAUAGUUUUUUUGCUUAUCAUUAUGUGAUUAAUCUGAUUAUGUAGUUUAAUAUUCGGAGAAACUCAUGCGUAUUUAUAAAUAUCCUUCCUUGGGAAAAAGGAGCUACUUUUUAAAAGUUCUUUUGACGCAAAAAAGAGGAUGUCUCGUACCAUUGUCAUUACUUGAUUCGUAUAAGCUCUCAGAACCUAUUAUAAGCCUGUACAUGCACUUUUUGCUCACUGUAGCAUUCAGAUCUAUCCAAAUUGUAUGUUUCUACAAAUAUUUUUAACUGAAUUCCAACAAAUAACAAAAUUAAACAAAUAAUAAUAAAGCAUUAUUUUCGUAAAUAUCCGAUUUUUCUUAUGCUUUAUUCCAAGUUUUCCCAGAUAUUAUGAAAAACGCUUGGAAAAUUAAAAAUUGAUCUACUUAAGGUACCAUCUAGAAAAUAUUUCCUGUCAAAAAUUAUACCAUAUGUAUAUAUCGGAGCAAAAUGUCUAGUAGAAUUUUCGUACACUUUAUAAAAAAGUUUUUGAAAAUAAAUAUCUUUGUAAAUCCAAUACAUUCUUCACUACACUCAGAAUCUAAAAGACAGACGUAUCUUGUACGAUGAGUGAGUGACUAUUAUAAACUUAUAACUUAUAGGUGGAAAGUUGGUAAAGUAGUGUACAGAGUAUAAUAUAUGUAUAUCUGUACGUGACUAUUAAUCAUUGCUAACAAAAAAUAAUUCUGAGUCGAGAAAUUUUGAAAUACUGCAAUAUUUACGAUUUUCUUCAAAAUUUAAUAAUGAAAUUCUUCUUAUGAAAAAAAAUUACAUUACACUCAAUUUUUAUUUUUUACUGAAAAGUACGACUUAUAAUAAACUUUCUGUUAAGCAUUUCUGUUUGUCUAAAAACUAUAUGAAAACUUAAAAAUCUACUAUAGUUCAAAUGUUUUAAAAACUUUACCACUUCUAGAAAAGGCAAAAAUAAGUUUACUGUCUAAGGUCAAUUUUAUGUCUAUAUGAUUAUUUUUUACUAAAUUACAACAACAAAACAAAAUUAAAAAUAAUAAAAUAAAACUAUUAUUUUCAUAAAUUUGUCCAUACAUUCUACAUAUUUUUUUGGUUUUGCUCAAUUAUUAGAAAAACUACAAAAAAAUCAAAAAUGACUUUCUCGGUUCUCUUUUUUUUUUUUUCUUGGACUAUAAGAUAUUAAAAUAAUAAUUGUUUUUAUGAUUGAUUAAGAGGCUUACAUGUAGGAAUUUUAAUUUUCUUUUUUAUAUCAAUUAUUAUUACUUAUAUAUUUUUUUUCAUUUUAUUACUUAUAAAUAGAUAAAUGACUUAAUCAUUGGAACGGAUGAAACUGCAAAACAACAAUAUUUUCUUCAGAUGUUUUUAGAAAAUGAAAUUCCUUUACUAUUUGUUGGACCUACUGGUACUGGAAAAUCAGCUAUAGUGCUUAAUUAUUUAAUGCUCUUGCCUAAAGACAAAUUUUUAGCUAAUGUUUUAAACUUCUCUGCGCAAACAUCAGCUAAAACUGUACAAGAUAUAAUAAUAUCUAAAUUAGACAAGUAUAAAACGUGUAUACAUUUUAUUAAAUAGAUACCUAUAACUUAUAAACUACAUUAUUUUACAGGAGAAGAAGAGGAGUGUUUGGGCCACCUGUUGGUAAAAAAUGUUUGUUGUUUAUUGAUGAUUUAAGCAUGCCAUUACCUGAAAAAUAUGGUGCUCAACCUCCCAUAGAAUUAUUGAGACAAUGGAUUGAUCAUAACCAUUGGUAUGAUCUCCAAAUGAUGUCUAGAAUAGAUAUGCUAGAUAUGGUUAGAUUUAUUUAUUAAUUUAUUAUUAAAAUCACAUAUUUGUUUUACUCCUUUUAAAUUAUUUCAUUAUUUUUCUUCAGUUAUUUAUUGGUGUGCUUCAACCUCCUGGUGGUGGUUCAAAUGAUGUUACUACACGUUUGACGCGACAUAUGAAUGUUAUAGGUAUAAAUUCCUUCAGUCAAGAAACCAUGUUAAAAAUAUUUACUCAAAUCGUGGAUUGGCAUGUUAGCAAAGGGUUUGCUGAAGCUAUAAUAUUUCAAGGAAAAGUAUGAAUUUAUUUUUAUUAAAAUUAGAAUAGAUACAUCUUUAAUUAUAAUUUGAUUUAGAAUGUUGUAGAAGCUAUACUUUUUGUGUAUAAAGAAUCAGUUUCCACAUUUUUACCAACUCCUGCAAAAUCUCAUUAUACUUUUAACCUUCGAGAUUUUACCAGAGUCAUAAAAGGGAUAUUAUUAUUACCCGCAUCUCGAUGUAAAGUUAUUGAAAAAUUUUUCCGUUUAUGGGUUCAUGAGACAUGGCGUGUAUUUGGAGAUAGAUUAGUUGAUGAUGAUGAUCGUAUCAAAUUAUUUGAUAUUAUGCAAAUUGCAUCUUAUAAUUGUUUGAGACAACCAAUGGACAGUUAUCUCAGUGAUUUAAUGGUUGUUGAAGAGGAUAACACUCUACAUUCUAGUCAUUUGCGAAACUUAUUUUAUGGAAACUACAUGGAUCCAGAUAGUGAUAUAAAAAUUUAUGACGAAGUUAACAAUGAAAAACUGUUAACCGAACGUAUGGAGUACUAUUUAAAUGAGUACAACACUAUGUCUAAAAGUCCAUUAUUAAUGGUUAUGUUCAAAUUUGCUAUUGAGCACGUAUCUCGUAUAAGUAGAGUUUUGCAGCAAGAUAAUGGUAAUUUGCUAUUAGUUGGAGUAGGUGGCAGUGGAAGACAAUCGGCUUCAAAGUUGGCAACAUUUAUAGCAGAUUUUAAAAUAUUUCAAGUAUGUUUUGAAUAAAAAUGUACAUUUUAUAAUACAUAAAUAUAAUAAUCUGUAAAUAUUGUUGAAAGAUUGCAGUAGGAAGUAAUUAUGCCAAAAAUGAAUGGAAUGAAGAUAUGAAAAAAAUAUUAAAAUAUGCUGGAUGUGAAGGAAAACCAAUCACAUUUUUUUUAUCUGAUAGUCAAAUUAUAGAUGAAAGUUUUGUAGAAGAUAUAAAUAUGCUACUUAAUACGGGAGAUAUACCAAAUCUUUUUCAAUCUGAAGAACGAGUUGAUAUUUUAGAUAAAGUAUCUAAUAUUGCUCAAAGUUGUGUAAGUUUAGUUAUAUAGUAACUAAAAAUUACAAAAAGAUACAAUUUAGAAUUAUAUUUUAUAUAUUAUAUACAGAUAAAUAUGUAUUUAUAUACUCGUAUAUUUUAAUUAUAUUUUAUUUAAAUAAAAAUUCUCAAAUUAAUAAAAUAUAAUUUUUGUUACAGGGUAAAAAAAUUGAAACAACACCUCUGGCUUUAUAUAAUUUCUUUAUUGAAAGAAUCAAAGAAAAUCUUCAUCUUACUUUAGCUUUAUCACCAAUUGGUGAGGCCUUUAGAACACGCUUAAGAAUGUUUCCUUCACUGAUCAAUUGCUGUACUAUUGACUGGUAAACUAUUAGUAUUUAAAUAAUCUACAUUACAGAUUAUGAACAUUUGAAUAUUUUAAUAAAAGUUUUCUAAUACACAUUUUCAACAAAAUUUUGCAAGUAAGUAUAUUAUCAACAAAUUUUCCAAAACACACUCGUGUCCAAAAUUUUUGGGAAACAUUUGUUGAUAAAAUAUUUUAUCAAGGACUUAUAAUUUUUCCAGGGAUAAGAUUAAUUUUAUGCAUUUAAAUAAAUAGGUUUACUGCUUGGCCUGAAGACGCUCUUGAAAAAGUUGCCGAAUAUUAUUUACAAACUAUGUCUCUACCACUUGAUAUUGCAACAUCCUGUGUGACAAUUUGUAAAGAAUUCCAUACAACUGCUAGGGACGCUUCCAUUAUGUAAAUAUAAUACCACUUUAUAAGUUACCUGUACUAAGCACUAUUGAAAUUUAUCUAUGUAGGUAGGAAACAGCUAGGUAAUUUUUUCUAAAAAUUGAAUCAAACAAUAUUCGGUCUUGUAAAAUGUAAAAAUAUAUAGUAUAAUAUUCAUAUAGGUACCUACUUAUUGUUGGAAAGUAAAUAACCUUUUAAAUUCUAAUAACUUUAUUAUAUAAAAUUAUACUGAAAUAUUCGACCUAUACUGACUUAUUGAAAACAUUUGGUGUCUAUUUAUAUUUAACAUACUUAUUAAUAUUGUACAUAAUUUAGAAUUUUAAAUUACUUUUGGUGCAACAUACACCUUAGCAGUGGUGCCCUCUUAUAGAUCCAAUUCUAUUUUCCAACCAAAAUUGUUUGUUAAUAAUGUACUAUUGCGUACGUUGUUUUUACUUACAAUAUGCAUAGAGAAGAUAAAAAAAAAUAAUAAUUAAAAUAUCUUUUCAAAUUUAAUUUUAGGUUUUACUCAAACUUAAAGAGGUAUAAUUAUGUUACACCAACUUCAUAUUUAGAGUUAAUUAAGACAUUCCAAAAUGUACAUAUGAAAAAGGUAACUGAAAUUACAACUUCACGAAAUAGAUACGAAACAGGUUUAGAAAAAAUAGAUUUUGCUGCUGGUCAAGUGUCUGUUAUGCAAGACCAACUUACAGCUUUAAAACCAAAAUUAUUAGAGACUUCAAAAGAAACUGAAGAACUAAUGGUUAAAAUUGAACUCGACACUAUUCAAGUUGAAGCCAAAAAAGAAGUAAAUUUAAAAUUAAAUUAGUUUUAAUUGAUGAUUCUUAAUUAAUAAUAAUAAUACUAUUUUAGAUAGUGGGUGCAGAUGAAGCUCUUGCUAAUGAGGCUGCAGCAGCCUCUCAGGCUAUUAAAGAUGAUUGUGAAAGUGAAUUAGCUGAAGCUAUACCAGCCCUAGAAUCGGCAGUUUCGGCUUUAAAUACUCUAAAACCAGCAGAUAUUACUUUAGUUAAAUCGAUGAAAAACCCACCAUAUGGUGUAAAGUUAGUAUUAGAAGCAGUUUGUGUAAUGAAAGGAAUUAAAUCUGAACGUAAGCCAGAUCCAAGUGGCUCCGGCCGAAUGAUUGAAGAUUUUUGGGGACCUUCACAGAAACUUAUUUCCGAUACUAAAUUUUUAGAAAGUUUAAAAACAUAUGACAAAGAUAAUAUAGAUCCUGCAAUCAUGAAAGUUAUACGUGAAAAGUAUGAAUUAUAUAUUAUAAUUUUUAUUACGGUUCUAUAAAUGUACAUAAUUUAUAUUUAUAUUUAUACAGAUAUAUUCCUGAUCCAGAUUUUAAUCCAGUUGUUAUUAAAUCAGUUUCUAAUGCAUGUGAAGGUUUAUGUAAAUGGAUACGAGCACUAGAUGUUUACGAUAAAGUUAUUAAAAUUGUUGGACCUAAAAAAGAAAAACUUCAAAAAGCGGAAAUGGACUAUAAUAUACAAAUGGAAAAACUUAAUGAGAAAAGAGCUGAACUAUCUGGUGUACUAGGUAAACUUCAAACAUUGAGAGAUGAACUAGCAGAAAAGACUAAAGGGAAAAAGGAAUUGGAAGACAAUAUUGAUAUGUGUGCUCAAAAAUUAACUAGAGCCGAAAUAUUAAUUAGUGGUCUUAGAGGUGAAAAGUACAAAUGGAGCCAAACAGCUAAAGAAUUACAAUCAACCCUUGAUAAUUCAGUUGGUGAUGUAUUGCUAUCUUCGGGUGUUGUUGCAUAUCUUGGAGCAUUUACUGUUGACUAUAGAAAUGUUUGUAUACAUAAAUAAAGUUCAUAAUUAUAAAUAUAAUAAUAAAACAACAUUUUUCAGGCACUCGUUGAAGAUUGGAAUAAAAAAUGUCUACAAAUGAAUAUUCCGUGUUCACAACAUUUUUCAUUAGUACAUACACUAGGACAGCCAGUAUUAAUCCGGGAAUGGAAUAUGUUUGGACUACCAGCUGACAAUUUUUCAGUUGAAAAUGGGAUCAUUAUACAUAAUGCUACACGGUGGCCUUUAAUGAUUGAUCCUCAAGGUCAAGCAAAUAAGUGGAUAAAAUCUAUGGAAAAUAAUAACAGGCUUGCUAUAAUUAAGUUGUCAAAUUCAAAACUUACGAGUAUAUUACAGUUAGCUAUUGAACAUGGCUUCCCAGUUCUUUUAGAAAAUGUGCAAGAAGAACUCGAUGCUACAUUUGGUAUUAUUAUAAUAUUUGCAUUAAUUUAUUUUUUAAAAAGAGCUGAUACUGGGGAUGCGAGUGAACACUAUUAUAGAUGAGAAGUUGGGAAGGUAAAAUACAUAAUGUUAUUUCGUUUAUAUUUGUAAGCAACAAUAAACCAUUACUUGAAAGACGAUUCCGAGCGUAGUUCGGUAAUACAUAAUUUACAGUGGCGAAUUUUUUUUUGUGUUUUUCGUUUAAACUUUAUUUCAAAAUGAUUAUUAAAAAAAAAAAGUCGUCCGAUCAUGUUAGAAAUUUUACCACGUCUAGGUAAAUCCAAUAUAACUAUUACUACCAAGUUUCAAGUCUCUAUGUGUAUUUAUAACUGAAUUACAGCAAACAAAUUCUCAAAAAUUAAAAUUCCUUAAAAACUCAAAAAUUUUGGCCAUUAUACUGUAAGAAAGAAAAUAAAAGUAACAAAAAAGGUAUCUUGUGAUUUUUUCGAUUAAAUCGUUUUUAUUCUGGUAGAAAAAGUGUUCCGUGUUUUUAUAAAAUAAUAAAAUCGUGAAAUUGUACGUUUUCUACGUUUUUUCCCACUUAAGUGUUUUUAUUUAAAGAAUGGGGUUGAAAAUCAAAAAGUAACCUCUCUAAAGUACAAUCUAGACAACUUGAGCUUUCAGAAAAAGUGCUACACCUAGACAUCAGAACAAGUUUACUAGGAAAAAAUAUGUCCACAGACUAGAAAAAGAAAAAAGAAAUAAAUAUCUUAGUAAAACCAAUAACUCCCUCGCUACGCUUGGAAUCUAAAACGAAUAUAUUAAGAAUUCGAGCCUUACCUCAUAUGGAUGACCGUUCGAAACACAUUCACUCAUAAUCUAUGGGGAAAAUAAAAACGAUUCUGAAGAAAUAGCUAUAGUUAUACCAUUUCUUUUAAUAAAGAAACAUUCAAAGGCAUCUAGGAAGCUCUCUUACCCUGGCACCUGACUUGAAAAUUAUGUUAUAAAUUUGUUACGCAAUUUUAAUCCCCGAUCCCAUCUUUUAAUUUCUGGACACUAGGGUAACCUUCCUUCAGCACCUAACACACAUAACAUUUAAGAUAAAAUUCCCAAGUCGAGUGCCAGGGUAGGUGAGCUCUAGGACAUUUCAUCAUCACCGUCUUGUUUCCAGAAACUUCCCUACGAAUAUUUUAUAUUAUACAGGAUUAUCUUUUUAUCAUGAACUAACAAUUUUCUCUAGAGAUUUUACUUUGGGUAAAUUUAAUUUCUAUCUUUUUCAAUCAUUAUGAAAUCGUUUAAGCUUUAUUAUUUGAAUACAAUUUUAAAUAUAUUUACACUUCAAACGGGAAUCUUCCAUUUUAAAUACAAAUUCAAACAUAGAAUGUUUUUCUAAACAUUGUGUUAUAUGUAUUGUGUAGUAACACUAAUAUCAGUAAUGACAACUGUUUAUGAGUUACAGGUUUAAAACAGUUUAAAAGCUAAACCGGAGGAGUAGGAAAGAGUAAUAAACUUCUAAGAGUAUAUGCGUUACAUCGGCCCCCACUGCCUCCCCCCCCCCAAAUUUUAUUUUGCAAUUUUUUUUUGAGCCAAUAAUUACUACUCAAUCCCAGUGAAUUCCUGACCAUAUUUUUAUGAUUCCUGCUUCACCAGUUUUCCCGGAAAGUCGAAUUUUCCAUGGGUUGGUUUUUUUCAUCCCCGCCCAUCAGUUUCAAUAAUUUUACCAUUUUGAUCUCCAGAAUGUUUUCUCUUAAAAACAUAUAUAUAUAUUGUUUUAUAUGAACAAUUAUCAAUCGUACACUAAUAUACCUAAUGAAACACUUUGGAUUUACAAUGUUUUUUAGUUGAUUAAUAUAUAUAGGUACUCAAUUCCUGAAGCAAUUCUAAACAUUUGUAAUUAAAUGUUAGUAUGAAUGACAUAUGCACACAAUUUGUCUAUAAAAUACAACUUUUUAUGCUAUUUUUAAAUAUUAAUACAUCUGAAAUGUUAUAGUUUAGCAACAACUAGACAAAAUUAUCCACCAAAUACUACCCUUGGUGUUGGUGGUUAGAGUAAAAUCUCUGGUUAAAAAAAUUGUUAAAAUUAAACUAUUAUGCUUUUUAUUAUUAUUAUGAAUUUAUCUUUGUAAAAAUAAAAUUCUCAGAGAAAGUAAUGACUGUCCCUUAUCCCUCAAAUACGUUACUGUCUGCAAAAGUUGCUCCUAUGUAGUUCAACAUUCAGUAUUAUUUUUUUUAUAACAUUAUGUUUGUAGUUGCAAAAUAUUCAGCUCUCAAAUGUAUGCCUAGGUACCCAAUAAAAAUAUAAAAAUAUUUUUUAUUUUUUUUUGUGAAUGAUAUUUCUACCAUUUCCAAUUUACAAGUGUAGCACUUUUUCUGAAAGGAAAUCGGACAAGAAGCAUAAUUUAAGGAGGUUAUAUUUCGAUUUUCCCAGAAGUUUUCUCAACAAAUUGGAAAAAACUGAGAAAAACAGUAUAAUAUACAAAAUGUAUUAGUAAAAUAUUAAUAUUACGACCUUUUUUUUCUGUGGGCAACUUUUUUGCUACCAGCAAUUUUCCUCCGAUUUACAAUAAUGGCACUUUUUCUUACGGGAAAUCCGAUUGGAGAAGUACUUAUAGGGGGUUAUUUUUAGAUUUUCUCAGGAAAUUUCCCAAUAAAUGCUAAAAAUCGAGAAAACCCAUGGAAAACUGGUAAAAGCGUAGGAAAACCUGAAAGAUAGGUACAAUAUUAAACAAAUAUUAUUAAAGAAAAUAUAUAAUACAUAAUUAAUUAUUUUAUCAUAAUAUGACCAAUAUUAUCCAACGUUUAUAAAACACAUGGCCUGUUUAAUUUAUAUCUAUAAUUUAAUUAAUUAAGUUUGUAUUCUAAUUUUCCAACAGUGGCACAUCCAUCCCUAGUAUUAGCUCUUAUUUAAUUUAUUGUUUGUGUAAUGACAACUUAACCACUAAAACAAUAUUUGGUUUUUUUUUUACAUUUAUUAAAUUGAAUUACGCAAAUUAUCAAUUUUUAAAACAAAAUUAAAAUGUAACUUAUUGUUUUUACAAAUGUGAAUUUUAAAUAGAUCAAGUACUGUUGAAAAAUACCUUUAAACAAGGAAAAAUUGAAUAUUUGAGAUUUGGUGAUAAUUUAUUGGAAUACAAUCACUCAUUUAGACUUUACAUCACAACACGACUUCGAAAUCCUCAUUAUCUACCAGAAAUAUCAGUUAAAGUAGGUUUAACUAUAUUAUUAAAACAAUCAGUAAAAGUCAAAUUUAUAUUAUUUACAUUUUGUAAAUAAUUUGAUUCCAUUUAGUUUACAAAUUAUUUCCAAACAAAUUUACCAAUUUUAGUUAAUUACUACAAAUAAAAAAAUGUUUAUGAAUAUUUAAUUUUUAAUUGAAUACCGUAUUAAAUAUAAUACUUAUAAUGCAGCAAAUUUUUGUCUAUAGAUAAUAUUUUUUUUUUAAUGUGCGUUUAUUUGUUAUUUAAUCUAUAUCGUCUUAAAAUUAAUUUUCAACUAAAAAUAAUUUUACCAAAUGUAUUUUAAAUUAAUUCAGGUAACAUUACUAAACUUUAUGAUCACUCAACAAGGAUUACAAGAUCAAUUAUUAGGAAUUGUUGUUGCUCAAGAACGGCCUCAAUUAGAGGAAAAGAAAAAUCAAUUAAUCAUUGAAAGUGCUGAAAACAAUAAAUUACUUAAAGAAAUCGAAGACAAAAUAUUGUACAUUCUCUCAUCAUCUCGGGGAAAUAUUUUGGAAGAUGAAUCAGCGAUAAAAGUUUUGUCUUCAUCAAAAGUAUUAAAUUCGUACAGAACUUAAAUAUAUAUAUACAGAGUGGAAUUCGACAAAUGUAAUAAAUUUUAUACUAUUCAAUUAUUUUGAUAUACAUUUUUUUUACAUAAUUACUAAUUAGUAAUGCGCCUCAGCGCUACAGUUUAUGUAUGAAUAUAUUUAAUGGGAUGGGAACUUAAAAUAAAAAAAUUAAAAUUUUACUAUAAUUUUUUAAAAAAAUUCAAAAUAGGUAUUUUGUAAAAUAAAUUUUUAGAACAUUUUUGAUGGUUGAAACUUUUUUUGAAGUAUGAUCUUUUAUUUUCUAUGAUUUUUUUAAAGUUUUUGUAAAUAUGAAUAUUACCUAUUGUGGUGGUUAUUCAGUUAUCAGUUAUUAGUCAUCCAUGAAUUAAUAUCAUGCAAUUAAAUUAGCAUGUGAUAAUUAUGAGGUAGUUUCAAUCAAUCAUUAAUGGUAAUUUAUUUUGCUAAACAAUAUUAUCAUGAUUGAAAAGAAAAUUUUUCAAAUUUUCAAAAAAUCAUAGAAAAUAAAAGACCAUUCUUUAACAAAAGUUUCGAUCAUCAAAAAUUUUCUAAAAAUCUAUUUUACAAAAUGGCAAAACAUUUUUUCUAAAAACAUUAAAGAAAAAUUUUAAAUUUUUUAUUUUAAAUCCCUCUCCCCCUAAAAAAAAAAUAUUCAUACAUAAACUGUUGCGCCGAGGUAUACUAAUUAUUUAAAGAAUAUACAUAUCAAAAAUAUUAAAUAGAUCAAAAAUUACUGCAUUUAUCGAAUCUUUGUAGUACACUCUGUAUAUGUAUAUAAUGUAUUAAUGUCAAUUUAAUAAUUUAUACAGUCAUUAUCGGCUGAAAUUCAAUCAAAACAAGAAAUUGCUUUUGUAACUGAAAAAGAAAUUGAUGUAGCUCGUGAUGUUUAUAUUCCUGUCUCUAAACAUUCCUCCGGUUUGUUUUUCUGUAUCACGGAUUUAAAUUAUAUUGAUCCUAUGUACCAGUAUUCAUUAUCAUGGUUUAUAAACCUUUAUGAUCAGGUAAGCUUUAAAAUAAUUGAUUGUUAAUAGAUCUUUAAUUUAUUUCUUUUUUCUAACCAAAAGUUUUUUUUGUAAUUUGUAAGUACCUUCAUUAUAAAUUAUAUUUAGCAUUUUAUUAGAACAAUGAAAUAAUUUAAAAUCUAAACUGGCUAAAUAGAGCAAAGGUAAACAUCUAAUUUAUUUUAAUCUGUUUCCAAAAUUUUAACAUACAAUGAAAGUAAAUAUAAUUUUGUAAUAGAGUGGAAUCAUCAUCACUGACCAUCUUAAAAAUGUUUAUCUAUAAAUAUUUUAUUUGAUCUAUGUGUGGUUGUCAGCUAUUGAAAAAAAUAAUAACUAAAUUUUAAUAAGUACAUUAUAAGUUAACCAAUACUUAGUUUAAGUUUCAAAAUCUUAAAAACUUAUGAAAUUAAAAAGACGUCCUAGAAUAAUGGGGACAGAUUCAGUCACCGUUAUCGAAAAUUCAAUGUAUACCUGUAACUUAUAAACAACAAUAAACCAUUACUUACGAAAAAACGAUUCUGAGCGGAGUUCAGUUAAUAGUGAUGCUUUGUCAACAAUAUAUAUAUAAUAUGUUAUUUUAUGGUAAAAAAAUUAAAUAGACUUUAUAUAUUUUCUUUAAUAAUAUUUUUUGAAUAUUGUACCGAUUUUCACAGUUGUCCUACAUUUUUUUGGUUUUCCUGCGUUUUAUCCCGGUUUUUCAAAUUUCCUAAGAAAGCAAUUAGAAAAAUCGAAAAAUGACCUCUUUAAAGUACCUCGUUAGUAAAAUUUCCUUUUAGAAACAUUGCGAUCAUUAAAAUUUGGAACAAUAUUCCUGGUAAAAAAGUUGUGCGCAGAAAAAAAGAAAGCCGUAAUAAAUUUAAACUAAUACCUACAUUUCUUAUAUCUUCCCGUUUUUAUUUUUCGGUUUUUCAAAUUUGAUGAGAAAACUUCUGAUAAAAUCGAAAAAUGAGCCCUCUCUAAAGUAUCUCUCUAGUAACAUUUCCUUUUAAAAACAUUACUAUCACUCAAAAUUGGAGCAAACGUCUUGGUAGAAAAGUUGUGCACAGAAAAAAAAAAUCGUAAUAUUUCAAUAAUAUAUUUCGUAUAUUUUUCCGUUUUUUUUUUUGUAGGUUUUUCAAAUUUGAUAAAAAAUGCCCAUUUCAAAGUACCUUUCCACUCCGAUUUCCUUUCAGAAAUGUUGCUACAUGUAGUAAUUCAAGCAAACCUUUUGGUAAAGAAAAUUGCGCACAGAUACAAAAAAAAAAUCUUUAUAAAAUUAUAAGCUUCUUCGCUCCACUCAGAAUUAAAAAUUAGUAUUAAUAUUUUAACAUUUUAACAUAUUAACAUUUUCUCGUUCUAUUUUUAUUCUACUUCCUACUUCAUCUAUGAUUUUAUUGUAGUUUAUAUUAGUAAAUAAUAAAUACUUAUUACAAGUAUUUAUUCAGUAAAUUAAUUAAUGCAGAUGAUUACAACAAAAAUCAUAUAACUUGUCAAAUUAAAAAAUUUCACUAUAUACAAAUAAAAAUGAAUAACCCUAGCAGAUAUACUGGACAUAGGUAACGAUUCCACCCUAUUAUGAAUCAUUUACAGUUGUCAUAAUAACACAUACUCAUAUAUAUUUUAUUUUCCUUCACCUUCAUCCCAAAUAUUUAGGGACCGUCGUAGCCUUGUUCUAAACAUCCAUGUCUUUCAUUUCCCCUACUUUCUCCUCCUUUAUUUUUAUUAAACUAUAUUAUUUGUUAUACUUAUUUAACUAUUUAUUUUAUGCAUUUAUGACAGUCAAUUAAACAAAGCAAUAAAUCUGAUAAUAUUAACGAAAGGAUACAAAUUUUAAAUGAUUAUUUUACAUAUAAUAUCUACCGAAAUGUUUGUAGAUCUUUAUUUGAAAAAGACAAAUUGAUUUUUUCGUUUAUCUUAACAACUGGAAUAUGUCGAUCCAAGGUAAUAACAUAAAUAAAAUCAUUAACCUACAUAUGUAAAUGUAUGAACUACUAUAAAUUUGUAUUAACUUUAUACUAUAGGGAGAACUCAAUGAUGAAUUAUUUACAUUAUUUCUUACUGGAGGAACUGGAUUAAUUAAUGUAUACCCCAAUCCUGCCAUUAAAUGGUUAACUGAUAAAUCAUGGGCUGAGACAGUUCGAGCAUCUCAAUUUCCAAGGUAAAAAUGUAUAACGAAAAACUGUUGUUUACAAUAUAUUUAUUUCUAAUUAUUAGUUUAUAAUAAAUAAUUUAUAAUAGAAUUAAUUAAAUUAAACAUUAAAAAUAUUAUAGGGAAGAGAGUAUACACUGUACACUAUAUAUUUCUAGUUUUGAAUUCUCUUGUAUAUACCUAGAACAAAACGCAUACAUAUAUAGUUGUAACCUUAUUAUAAAUAACAUCAUUUAAUUUGUAGAAAAUAAAUCAUUAUUCAUUUGAUAUUAUUUUAAUAAUUAAUUAGUCAGUUGUACAGGCAAUCGUUCAUCAAAUUAUUUUUUAAGUGCAAUUUAAAAACAAUUAACAUUAUUACAUACCUAAAUAAAAAAUUAUUCGAAAAAUAUUUAUGCUGCAAAUAAUGAGGUAGGUUCACUUACAUAUAACUUUUACGUUGUCCACAUAAGAGGUUUGAAACCACGUAAUAGUUAUAUAUUUUUAAAUUACUACUUAAUUGAUUUUUUUUUUUUAUUAUUAUUCUAUACUAUGCCUAUAGAACAAAACUAGUUAUAAUACAUAAAAUAAUACAAAAACUAUUUCACAUUAUUGCAUUUAUUUUAUAGUUUGAAUCAAUUUUAUAAAUCAAUUGUGGAUUUCACUGAUGAAUGGAGAAAAUGGUACGACUCCAAUAAUCCUCAAGAUAUGCCAAUUCCAGAACCAUAUCAAAGUGUUGAUGGUCUUGAAAAACUUAUAAUUAUUAAGUGUAUUCGAUCAGAUAAAGUGAUUCCAGCUAUUCAGGUAUAUAUUUGCCAUAGUUUUUAUUUUAUUUUAUAUGAAACAGACUUUUUAUUAAAAACACGAAUAUUUAGUACUACAUUAUAAGUAGUAUGGGUAAGAAAUAUAUUGAACCGCCAUCAUUCGACUUGGAAGACUCAUACAAAGACUCAAACUGUUGUACUCCUUUAAUAUUUAUAUUAUCACCGGGAACGGAUCCAAUGUCAAAUUUGAUUAAAUUUGCUGAGUAUAAAAAUAUGAAUCGAACAGAUUUAAUUACUAUAUCACUUGGUCAAGGACAAGUAAUUUAUUAAUUUAUCAAAAUGAUUUGUUUUAGUAAUAAAAAUACAGAAAUAUUAUGAUUAAAGGGUCCAAUUGCUGCUAGCAUGAUAAAAACAGGCAUAGAUUUGGGACAAUGGGUUGUGUUGCAAAACUGUCAUUUAGCUGUAAGUUGGAUGAAAGAACUUGAUCGUAUUUGUGAUGAAGAUAUUAUACUAAGCCAAACUCACGAAUCAUUUCGCCUCUGGCUUACUAGUUAUCCGUCUGAUAAUUUUCCUGUUUCCAUACUACAAAAUGGUAAAUUUAAGUUUAAUUAGUGAUGUUUCUCAUUUUAACCUCUUUAAAUUAAAUAGGAAUUAAAAUGAUAAAUGAAGCACCAAAAGGUCUCAGAGCAAAUUUAUUACGUUCUUAUAUGACUAAUCCUAUAAAUGAUCCAGAAUUUUAUCUUAGUUGCAAGAACAGUUUUGGUCUAAAGAUAUUACUAUUUUCAUUGUGUUUUUUCCACGGCCUUAUUCAAGAACGUCGAAAGUUUGGACCACUUGGUUGGAAUAUUCCUUAUGAAUUUAAUGAUUCAGAUUUGCAAAUUAGCUUAAUGCAAUUACAAGUACAUAUAUUCAAUUAUAUCAUUUUUUUUUUUUUUAAAUUUUAAGCACUCAAAUUACAAUUGGAAUAAUUUAAAAAUUAGAUGUUUUUAAAUGAUUAUGAAGAAAUUCCAUACUCUGCUUUACUUUAUCUUAUUGGUGAAUGCAAUUAUGGCGGUCGAGUAACUGAUGACAAAGAUAGACGUUUAUUAUCAUCUCUCCUUUCAAUAUUUUUCAAUCCAAAUGUUAUUAGUAAUGAACUGUAAGUGAUAAUACAAUUUUAAAACAAUUACUUUUUAUUAGUUCUACCAUAUGUAUAAUAUAUUAUACAUUUUUAGUCCAUAUUAUAUUACCAUUGGUAAUAUUUGAAUAAUACAUAAACUGCCUAUAAUCAAUAACACGGACGUCGGACAUUUAAUCUUAAAUAAUUAUUUUAUUUAUAGAAGAUAAAUAUUAUAAUUUGUUUUAAAGUUUUAAAAAGUAUAGAAUAUUUAUUAUUUAAUUUUUUAGAUUCUGAGUGAAGCGAGAAAUGAAAUUUAACUAUAAUGUGUACUUAUUAUUAUUAUUUUUUUUUUUUGGAUAAACAACUUUUCUACCAGAAAUACCAGAAACUACAGUAAAAAAACGAAAAGAGUCCAAUUUGUUGCAUUUUGUAUCUAGUUUGCGCACUGAGUAGGUAAUUUUUUGAUUUUCCAAAUACUUAUAAUAAUUGAAAAAACCAGAAUAACAUAAAAGAAAAAUAAACUAGGUCCUAAUAGUCUGAAACCGAAUAAUCGAAAUAAUAAUAAUGAUAUAAAUUAUUUAUAAAUUGAUAAAAUUAUUUGGUCGAACAAAUAUAAUUGAACAUUAAGAGAACGUUACACCCACAUCUACCGUCUUAGUCCAAUUACCGGGUGCCAUUAUUUAUGUAUGGUACCCGGUAGUUGGACUAAGACGAUAGAUGCGGUUAUAACAUCCUCUUAAUACGUAGACCAUUAAAAGUUUAACUUAUUAGUACAAAAAAAUAUUAUGUGCAAUGUACAAUAGAUAAUAUGUAUUACAUUGCGCAAAAAAAAAUAUAUAUUAUAUUUUUUUUUUUUUUAUUAAUAAGCAUUUUAAAAUCAAUUUUUGACGAAAUAGGAUUCAUAUUAUAUUUUGAUCUACAACAUAGAUUAAAUUUCUAAAAUCUCGAGAUACUCUGUCUACUUAUUCUACUGGAACAAAAUAAGCACACAGUAAUUAAUUUUUUACCCUGAAAUUUCUGGUAUUAUAAUCUGAUAUUUUAAAAAUAAUUUAUAACAUCUAUCCUAAAAAAGAUGGACAUAUUUCGCACGAUGGGUACAACCACUGUUGUUGGUGAGAAAUUGAGAAGGUACUCAGGUAGGAUAUAGAGGGUAAAUUAAUUUGUAUCUGCAAUCAACGAAAAUCGCUUACUAAAAACGAUUCUGAGUGGAGUUUAGUUGAUAGUGAUGCUUUUUCAAUACAGUAGAAUAUACAGUAGAAGCCGCUUAUUUGGAACACCUUGGGACCGAGGUGAAACGUGUCAAUAUAACGAUUGUUUCUAAUAAACGAUUGAUUUUAAUAUAUAAUUUUUUUUUAAUAUACGACCAGUUUAUUCCUAUACAUUUUAUUUCAAUUAACGUGAUUGUAUCAAUUAUCCAUAUUCCUGAUAAGCGGCUUUUACACUAUAUCAUAUUAUGGUAAAAUAAUUAAAUAGGCAUUAUAUAUUUUCUUUAAUAAUAUUUAUUGUGUCGAUUUUUCCGUUCUUUCCCACGUUUUCAGAAGUUUCUCCGUGUUUUUCCCCCGGUUCUUCAUAUUUACUGGGAAUAUUUCGGAGAAACCGAAAAUGACUUUCCUAGAGUACCACCCCAAGAAAAUUUCCUUUCAGAAAAGGGUCUACAUCGUAUAUAUCGUAUAUAUUUAAGUUUUCACAUAAAAAAAAAAAUAAAGAAAAAUAAACAUAUUUGUAAAACCAAUGUAUUCUUCGCUACAUUCAGACUCAAAAAAUAAUUUACAAUAAUAAAAUAAUUAAUCUAAAUAAUAAAUGAUUAUAUUAGUAUAGUUUAUGUAUUAUUUGUUUAUUAUAUAACUAAUUGUAAGUACUAUAUAUUAAAUGUGUAUGUGUAUUUUAUUUCACGAAGUGAAUGGCCAAAUGAUAAAAAAACUUAUACAAUAUCAAAUUUUGUUAUCUAUUUUGUAAAAAGAUUCACUUUGUGAAAUUUGUAAGUAUUUCACUAAGUUGAACAAAAUCAUCCAAGUUUUGAACUAGAUAACUUUUAAUUUCUUGCUUAGUCAUAAAGUUGGUCGAUUAAAUACAUAAAAAUAAAAAAAGAUGUUAACAAUUUUUACUUAAUCAAUUCUGUAUAAUAAAAUGAAAAUAUAACGUACAUGCCUAUAUUAUAUUUUAGAUACACAUUUUCUGAAAGCGAAAUUUAUCAUGUACCAGAAAAUACUAAUUAUGAUGGAUGUUUAAAAUAUAUUAAAUCUUUACCAAUGAAUCCACAGCCAGAAGUAUUCGGAUUACAUGAAAAUGCUGAUAUAACAAAAAAUAAUUAUGAAACUAAUUUGGUUUGUAAAUUAUUCACCAAACAUAUGUUUAGUAAACAUAUUUAUACGAUCAUUAUAUUUAGCUAUUAAACGGUACUAUUUUAACUCAAUCACAAAUUAUAACGGGUGGCAGUGAUACAGAUUCAGAUAAAAGAAUAAUAGAGCUAGCUAGUAACAUAGCGAAUAAUAUACCCGAUUUGUUUGAUGUAAUUGCAGCUGCUGAAAAAUAUCCAACAAAAUAUGAACAAUCUAUGAAUACUGUUAUUCGUCAGGUAUCAAAUUUAAAAAAUAUUAAUAUUAUUUAUUGAUAAUGUCUGUCUUAUUAAAAUUAUUGUGUACACAUUUGUAUUUUAUAAUUUUAAUUCAUUAUUAUUCAACUAAAAUUCAAUUUUUAUAUUAUAUUAGAUAUUUCUAAUUCUAUGUAGGAAUUGAUACGCUUUAACAAAUUGCUAGCAGUUAUAAAAACAUCUUUAGUAGAGGUACAAAAAGCCAAUAAAGGUAUUGUUGUUAUGUCGGCUGAUUUAGAAGAAUUGAAUACUAGUUUAGUCAUUGGAAGAAUACCAGCUAGUUGGAUGAAUAAAUCCUACCCUUCGUUAAAACCAUUGGGUGGUUAUGUAACUGAUCUAUUACAGAGGUAUAUUUAAACUAAUUUGUGUACAUUAUACAGUAGAAGCCGUUUAUUAAUUGAUACUAACGCGUUAUUGAAACAAAAUGUACAAUCUUAUAUUAAAACAAUCGUAUAUUGAAACCAAUCGUUUAUUAGAAACAAUCGGUUAAUUGACACGUUUCACGUCGGUCCCAAAGCAACUUCUACUGUACCUAUUUAUAAAACUGAAUAAUGUAUUAAAUUAUAAUUUUAGACUGAAAUUCUUACAAGAUUGGCUUGAUAAUGGUGUACCAGAAGUGUUUUGGCUUUCUGGAUUUUAUUUCACACAAUCUUUUUUAUCGGGUGUACUUCAAAACUUUUCACGCAAACAUAAAAUACCGAUAGACCAGCUUGGAUUUGAGUUUGAAGUGACUAUAUAUGAACCAGAUAUGAAAUUGAAAGAAAUUCCUGGAUUGGGAGUAUACUGUUGGGUAAUAAUUAUAAAAUACUAUUUUAAAUUUUACUGUGUGAUUACAUUGUUAAUGUCUCUUUAGCUUUUAAUAAUGUAUUCAUUUAAAAAUAAUUUAAAAUGAGGUAUGAUUGAUAAAAUUUUAAUUAAUUUUUAGUUUUGUAUUUAUAAAUUUAGUAAAUAAAUAUAUAAAUAAAAAACAUAUAUAAAAAUAAAAUUAAUUAAUUAAUGAAUGCAUCGCUAGGGGUAUUAUGAUGAGUGUAUUAUACAACAUUUCAGAUUAGAAAUUUAUCAUCAAGUAUAUCACAAUCAAAAUGUAAAAUUUUUUUCUACCUAUAAAAUGUUGGUAAUUUCAAGUUUUUGUGUGCUAUGAAAUACUAUAGAAAUACAAUUAAUAUAGGUUUUUUUUUUAUUAUCAAUAUAAUAGAGACUAUUAGAGUAUUUAUCAUCAUUAUUAUAGAAACAUUAUACCUGUACUAUUAAUAACUAUAGUGAUAACAAAUUAAUACUCGUUAUAGUUUCAGUUUUAUGUUUAAUAACGUACUAUUUUCACUAGACCUUUGAAAGUUCAUUUAACAUAUGAACUAGUUCAUAAUCAAAAAAGUGAACUAAAUUCAUAAUUUCGUUCAUUUUUUAUGGAUGAACUUUGAACUUUUGCCGUUCAUUUAUAAAUUCAUUUAAAAUAAAAUUGUGACAAAUGAUAACUACAAAUAUGCAUUUUUAACACUAUUUUAUUUAGAUAAUAUUAAAAAAAAAAAGCUGGUACUGGAAAUUGGAGUAGCCACUGUUAAAGGUGAGAAGUUGAAAAGGUAGGAUACAUGAGGUUAAUUCGUUUAUAUCUGUAUGCAUCGAUAAACCAUUACUUAAAAGACAAUUCCGAGCGUAGUUCAUAAAACAUAAUUUAAGAGCCGAAUUUUUUUUGUGAUUUUCAUUUAAAUUUUAUUUCAAAACGAUUAUUAAAAAAAAAAAGUCGUCCGAUCACGUUGGAAAUUUUACCACGUCUAGGUAAGUCCAAUAUAACUAUUACUACUAAGUUUUAAGUCUCUAUGUGUAUUUAUAACUGAAUUACAGUAAACAAAUUCUCAAUAAUUAAAAUUCCUUAAUAGCUCAAAAGUGACUUAAAAAUGUUGGUGAUAAUACCAUAAGAAAGUUAAUAAAAAGGCAACAAAAAAGGUUUCUUGUGAUCUUUCGAUCAAAUCAAUUUUUCUAGUAAAAAAAUGUCUUCUAUGUUUUUAUAAAAUAAUUAAAUGGUGAAAUUGUACAUUUUACUACGUUUUUUCCCACUUAAGUGCUUUUAUUUAAAGAAUGGGGUCGAAAAUCAAAAAGUAACCUGUUUAAAGUACAAUCUAGACAACUUGAGCUUUCAGAAAAAGUGCUACACCUAGACAUCAGAACACGUUUACUUUGGAAAAAUGUGUCCACAGACUAGAAGAAGAAAAAAAAGAAAUUAACAUCUUAGUGAAACCAAUAGCUCCCUCGCUACGCUCGGAAUCUAAAAGGUUUUAGGUUUUAUUUUGUUUUAAAAGAACCAGAUGUUCAAAUAUUUCAUCUGUAAGAGAAUGUCUUUUCUUAAUCAUAACAUUACUAGUUACACUAAACAAUCUUUCAAUGGGGGCGCUAAAUGGUAAUACAGUAUUCCAAUGUUGUAAAAUAAAAAUGUUUGUAAUACAACAGGAUAAGACAUUAAAAUAUUUAUAUCAUGACUAUAAUUUUUAAGAAAGAGUUUAACUCAGAUACUGGUGCAACAAUAGACUUAUUUGUUACAGCAACUAGACCAAAGAAAUCAUAAUUUUUAUAUUCGUAAUUUUCAUCUGAAUUAGCGUCGUUACUUUGAAUUAUCGUACUAGAGUUGGAUGUAACUUGAUUUUCAAACUCUGAUUUCAACCAAUCGCAUAAUACUGCGGUUUAAUAUUUGAUCGUGUUAAACUUAUGAUGAACUUCUGAAUAAAGUUCAAGUUCAUCAAAACUAUGAACUUAAUUCAAAAUUAAUAAUAAUUUUAACCAGUUAUUUUACUUUCACGCCAAUUUAUAUUUUUCAAAUAUCUAUAAGGUUUAUAGAAUCGGUAAAUGUUUAGAUUAGCUGCCCAUAUUUGCCCCUUGAAAAAUUGUAAUACCAUAUUGAGUUUUGGCCACCCUUUUUCAAUUUUGAACCAUUGAAAAUGAAUCCUUGACUUAGGCAUUCAGUUGAAAGUUACAUUUCUGCUAUGUGGUUUAUUUAUUUGAAACAUUUACCAACAUUUUCAGCAGUUCACUCACUUUUUUUUUACUUCCGAGUUUUCUUAAAAAAUCAAGAAUAAUACUACUCUGUUAUAAAUAUUUGUUUUCGUUCACAAUGAUUAAUUAUUAUUGCAUAUACGUAUAAACUAUUUAUAUUACCUUAUUUAUCCAUGUAUAUUCCUUCUAUAUAUAUAUACCCACUAACAACAGUGGCCUACCUGAGGGCUGUUUAAAAUUAACUAUGCUUUGUUUUAUAAUAUUGAAGUUAAUAUAAUUUAUGAACAAUGAUUAAAAUAAUAAAUAUAAUAGUAUAAUAUAUUAUAUUUAAAUAAAUAAAUAAUUUAUUUGAUAUUAUUUGGUAUAAUACUGUUACAUCUAGUAUUAAUUUUAAGUAGACCAAAUCUUCAUUUUAAUGAUCCCUUUAUUCCCUUGUAAUAAUUUUUAAUGUUAUUAUUAUAAUAAUAUAGGAAUUAUCAUCCAUAUUUAUGACUAUAAUAAUAAUCAUUAAUAUUUAUUAUGAUUAGAAUACCAAAUACCAACUUACAUUAAAAUCUGAUCCAAUUUGGAAAUUCGUUAUUAUUUAUAUAAGAUUUUUAUUUAUUCAUGGGUUGCCACGGAACAGAAAACUCAAUAUAAUAAUAAUUAUUACUAUUAACUACAUUAUUCAAAUUUCAUUAAUUACACAUUAAGUUCGCCGAAGGUGGACUACGCACUUUCCACCUAUUUGUUUUCAUUCAAUUCUAACACGUUCAAAACCAAAAACGAAUAUGGGUAAAAUAAUAAUAAUAAUACAAAUUAGUACAGGCAACGCCAGGCGCGGGACAGCUAGUAAAAAUAUAUAAAUUAAAUAAGCAGAUACAUAUCUUUCAUAAAUAUUUUGGUUUUGUAACAGUAAAUAGUUAUAAAUUAUGACUUAUAAUAUUUUUAUAAUAUAUACCUAUUUAAAAUAUUUGCAGGGUUUGUUUUUAGAAGGAGCUAGAUGGGACAGAGAAUUAUGUGUGUUAAAUGAAUCGUACCCAAAAAUUCUUUUCGAUACAAUUCCAAUAAUAUGUUUUAAACCUGGAAUUAAAGUACACAUUUUAUCUAAAUAUUUACACAGAUAAAAUAAAUAUUAUGUUAAACCAAUAAUUGUGUAACUAUUUUUUUAGACCCAAUUUGAAAAUAAACUGUAUUAUGAAGCGCCAAUUUACAAAACAAGUGCUCGUCGUGGUACUCUUUCUACUACCGGACAUUCAACUAACUUUGUGAUGUAUAUGAAUUUCUUAAUUGAUCGAUCGCCAAAUCAUUGGAUCAAUCGAGGCACUGCUUGCCUAUGUCAAUUGGACAACUAA